AUGGGGGACGAUGCAUCUCAUGACAAUGCCAAGUCUGAACAUCCCAGAAAAUACUACGACACGAAAGAACCGUUCUCCAUGGUUGCCGGCAGCCAACAAGUAUACGUCGUUUCGAGUCCGAAGCAUAUUUCUGAACUCUACAAAGACACCGUGAGCUUCAAUCGUGACCUGAUGAGCAAGGAACUCUAUCACAGAGCCGGCAUUCCUCGCCGAGUAGUGGACCGCAUUUGUGACGUCGAUCCCAAGGCCCCGUACAAUGUCAAUAGCGCCCGGCGUAUGCGCAGCACGGAUGCUAUGAUGGCUUUAUACCGUCAACAUCUCUCCCCCGGCAAAAGUCUUGAUGACCUCCUCGCCGACCGAAUAGCACCUUGCAUCCUCAAAGCACUUGCUCCUAAGACGAUGCCAGCACCUGCGUCCGUCCGAGCUGUAUCUCUUCACAGCGUGGGCGUUGAGGCUUUUGUGAAAGGCAUAGCAGAAGCGUACUACGGACCUGUUCUCUGGGAGAUUGAGCCGAACUUUGUGGAAUGGUACAUGGUGUGGGAAAGGGUGAACUGGAAGUUCGUCUUCGGCUUGCCGGCGUUCCUCAGUCGGGACAUGCAAACUGCCCGACGGCAUCUGGUGGGCACCUUUGCAAAGUACUUCACCCUACCGCAAGAGCAGCGAGAGCAGGGGAAUUGGUGGGUUCAGGCGGUGGAAGGGGUCCUCCGCCAGGACAAGCUCAACGACCAUGAGAUUGGCUGCAUGUUUAUGUUACAGACCUGGGCGAUUCUGGGAAACAUGUUCAAAACUGCCUUCUGGCUCGUUGCGCACAUCGUGUACGACCCAAGCAUUCUGGACGCGAUCCGGGUCGAGAUCCAACCUGCCUUGACAGGCGACCAGGUCGAUCAUCGAUAUCUCGUCGAGCAUUUUCCCCACCUGGAUUCGCUCUUCUCGGAGGUGCUACGUCUAAGAAUGGCCAGUCCCAUGGUGCGCGACAUUGCGGUGACAAGUGCGAUCGGCGGAAAGACGGUACGAGCCGGGAGCCGCGUCCUUGUAAGUCCUGGUGCCGUGUGUUUAGUGUUGAACCUAGACCUAGAAAAGACGCUGACACAAGAUACGGUGCAGGCCUCCUACAGGCAGUUGCACCUCAACCCCGACGUCUGGGGCAGUGCACCGCACGUCCUGGAGGCGGAUCGCUUUGCCAAGGAUCCAGGGCUGCGAUCGAAUGCCAGCUAUCGGCCGUGGGGCGGAGGCAGUACGGCGUGUCCCGGACGGUUUCUGGCCAAACAAACUAUUUUCUGCUUUGUGGCUCACUUGCUGCGAGACUUCGAGCUUGGGCUGCAGCAGCAGGAGGGGACAUCCGCGGCAGAUGCGCCUGACCACCCCGAUCGCGGACGGUUUCCUCGUGCGGACUGGUCCCGCCUCAGCCCAGGCAUCGUAGGACCCCUGGAGGGAGAGGAUCUCACCCUUGUAAUCCGUCGGAUACAUCGGAAGUGA